AUGUCAGAUCCAUUUAAUGUUCAAUCUCACGUGCGUCCCCAUUAUACCUUGCCAGGUGUGAUGCAUUACUUGCAGACAGAAUUUACCAAGAAUGAAAGAGACAGAAUUACGUGGGAACUAGAAAAAUCUGAGAUGAAAUCAUACAUUUCGUUGUUAGAAAGUGAAAAUAGACAAUUGAAAUAUGAGCUAGCAAAGUUACAAUCUUCAGAUGAUAUCUCGAAUCAGCCAUUCAAGAGUGAUGACAUGGGCAGGCUAACGAAAUCAAAAAAAGUAGUGCAAGAUAAUGUUAGAGAAAUAAUCUAUCUGUUGAAUAAUUCUAACGUGACGGCACAAUUAGAUACAUUAAAUGAUAGAGAUUUACCGUUGCAUGAAAUGGAAAGAUUAAAUCUUAAUACAAGAAACACUGAAGAUUCUCUGUUUAAAAAUCAGAAAAUGUUGAAGAGAUCAAUUGCUGAAAAUAGACCUUUCCUAAAAAUUUUCCAAAAUAAUAUACUAGCUACCUUGGACAAUAAACUUAGAUGUUUCAAAAUAGAUGCAGAUUCACAAUGCGUUGACACAGGUAUGGAAUUCAAUGGUAUUGAAAUUAAGAAAAUCAAGGGCAUCUUUUGGCUAGACAAAGAUAGAGCGAUGAUUUUGACCAUUAGUGGUAUUACUAUAUGGACCAUACAGGGUCAAAGAAUUUUAAGCGAAUUGAACAUUUUUGAUGACGUUCUUUUCAAUCCCGAAAAGAUCCGUCAUAUCGAUUUUAAGCAUAAGUGGCUAUUAUUAACAAAUAAGAAUGAUAUUCAUAUAUGGGAACUGAAUAUUCCAAAGAUAUCAUGUCCCUUUGAUACAAUAGUUGAAAACAAGUAUGACAUACAACCUAGUAAAGGACUCCUAGAUUGUAUCUUAGGAAUUACUGAAAAAUCAUUGAUUGUUCUGACAAGCAAUUUGUUAGAGUUGGAAGUGUACAACUUUGAAGGGGAGAUAUUGCAAACGAUUGAACUUGGGAAGGAUGUUUCGAAAAAGAAGUACUCUCAUGGUGGCAGACUAUUUUUAAAUAAAGAUAGCUCAAAGAUUUUGGUUCAAUUGAAAAAACAUAUUAUAAUAUAUUCAUUUGAUCAGAAAAGAACAGUGUUUCAAAAAACUCUUGAGAAUGCACCUGUUUCAAUGUAUUUUAAAUAUAAUAACGAUUGCAUAGGUAUUGCAUACAAAGAUAGUGUCAUUGAAAUCAGAAUGCUAGAAACCUUCGACCAGGUACUCUUCAAAUAUAUCCAUCGUUUGCCAACACAAUUAGGAUCCCAAACAGAUAUGACUUCACAAAAUGAUAAAGGUUUAAUUAUCGAUGCUACAAGAAUAGAUGGAUCAAAACCAAUAUUAUUAUCUCUUGGUGACAAUAUUUUGAAAUUGGAAACAACUGACAACAUCUUUUAA